CAUUCCCACGCUACCUACCUACCUAACUAGGUACGGACUGGGACCUUACUUACCUAUCUACUUCCAACCAACCUUUACUACACAGUUUGCGCCUGCCUCAGGUGUAUCUUGCCUCUCGUUGCUUUUUUCUUCUUCUUUCCUUUGCCUGGCGCUGGAACUGCAACGAAGUUCUUCAUCACCAACUCCUCCCCAUCCCCCGCCGAGGCAAGGACAAUGAAUGAUAGGGGCCAAUCGGCACUCUGAACAGGCGUCAACUCGACUCGACCUUCGACCUCGUUCUCCUACCCAACUUCAAGCGCCGCCCGCAUCAUUCCGAGGUGUACUUCUGGACCCUAAACGCUGCAACUCUUGAUAGUCGACCCUACUCGGCAACUUUCAACUCACUACUUACUUCGGUAUUGGGCUGCGAUUACCCAGGUCCCACCCUCUCAACUGGUCGCAUCUGAGAAGAGCAUCGUGCUUUCCCCCCAUCUCACCACCCUGCCACCUCUGGUUGAAACGUCCAAUUUGGCCAUCUAGUAAUAUUCACUGCUUGGGACACAGUGGUGUUUGAGCUUGGUUACCUUAAUCACAUCUUGUCCUUAUCUCUCUGGUCAAACGCCUACUACUACCUUGUUCGUUUCCUUGCGGAUAUCUCACAUUUGAUUUCAAUUUCUUGCGUUUGUGAUGAUUGCAACCACUCUUCUCAGACUUCUUACCUGAGGCCCACCACUUUACGUUCAACCUGCAGCGCCCUCUGAACAAGGAACUCAACGGCAAGCUGGCAGGAAAACGCAGUCAUGGCGUCGCCCAACGGGUCAAAUGGUCGAACAAAUUACGCGAUCAACCCUCAGUCGCAGUCGUGGAACCCCCAAGCGUUGCUCAACCCCCGAGCAUACGCAUCUACGCCUAGUUCGAAGCAGAAUUCCCCCAAGCCCCAGGCUUUAGCGACUCGAUCCGCGCCAGGAAAUCAAAGCAACAACAGCAACGCUUCCUUUAUCUUCCAAUUCGCGAGCCCGAAUGACACCCCGAACGAGUCGUUAACACCUAGCAUGGCUUCAGGCGCUUCGACUCCUGGCCGCGACGGCGGAGUUUCGCCCUAUGGAAUGGGCAACAUGAUUGAGCGAAUGAACGACGUUCAGGACCGCGCCUCUGCGCCUCAGCCUAAGCGGAGAAAGUAUGACACACCCGAGUCUGAUGCCGACAACAAGAAGGCGAUGGGACCUGGCGGCAGUGGCAUGCUGGGCGCGUACGUAAAAGAGAAGCAGGAUGCAGGCCAGAAGGAGAAAUUAAAAGUAUCCACGCAAACUGUAGAUCUCACCGAGGGCGACGAUGAUGUGGUCAUGGUUGUUGAAGACCCCGCAACUGAGGAGGUCUGUUACGGCAUGCUUACGGCCAAACUCGACUGUCACAAGGUGCCCUCUCCGAAGCCAGGAACACAAAGCAUUUUUGGAGCGGACUUCAUGCCCCCCGUCAAGGUUGUUCUGAAAAGAAUUAUCGGAGAUUCGAGCAAGAAGAUCUCGGCCUACGAUUUCACUCGCGACAUCAUUGGAAAUGUGGACGCACACACCGCGGGAGCUCUUGUCCCCCUGCUGGACUCUAAUGUGCGGCUUAGAACCGACUGCAAGAUCCCUGCGCGUAGAAAGCAGGCGGACGAAGAGCCGGGUAAUGCCAUCUCGAGGUCAUACCCCCUGGAGAUGACUCUGUACGGCCAAUAUCGAUUUGUGAAGGCGGUUGGCAAGCAUUUUGAGCGAGCAAAAAUUGUUCUGCGCCACCCUAACAGAGUCGACAAGGGCAUCCGCUACGAAAACGUCCAUGUUGAUUCGAAGCCCGUUCCGGCUCCCGGUGCUAGAAAUCUCGCUGGAGCUCUUGCUCAGUACAACAGUCACUCAUCGUCGACUUAUUACACCAACCCGACUACACGCACAGUCGAGGAGAUUCGGUCAGACGUCAUGGGUGUCUUCGACUCCAUGGGAAAGACGGACGAGCUCCCUGAGAUGGACCCAUCGCCCAUCAUCACCACCGAACUACUCAAGCACCAGAAGCAGGGUCUUUUCUUCAUGACAGCCAAAGAGAAGACGUCUACCGCCGAGGAGAGAACCAAGGGUUCAAUGUGGCAGCUCAAGAUCGGCCCCGCCGGCCAGAAGUCUUAUUACAACGUCAUCACGGGCCAGACAGAGCGACAGCUUCCCGCGGAAACUCACGGUGGCUUGCUUGCUGAUAUGAUGGGCCUGGGAAAGACCCUCAGCGUGCUCUCGCUUCUGGCCAGUACCCUGGACGACGCCAAGGAAUGGUCAAGCCGUACGCCUGUCCAGCCCGAAGUGCCACCCCAGAAGAUUGGAGGCAAAACGACAGCCUCGAGCUCCCUGCCGCUGACAGGCAUCGCCAAGAAUACCAAGACAACGCUUCUCGUCUGUCCCCUGAGUACUGUCACGAACUGGGAGGAACAGAUUAAGCAGCAUAUCGCGCCAGGGCAGCUGAGCUACUACAUUUACCAUGGUUCGAAUAGAAUCAAGGAUGUCGAGAAGCUGGCUGAGUUCGACUUGGUCAUCACCACUUACGGCUCUGUCUCAAGCGAGCUGGGCGCUCGCAGCAAGCGAAAGUCGGGCAAAUUCCCCUUGGAGGAGAUUGGAUGGUUCCGCAUCGUUCUAGACGAGGCGCAUAUGAUCCGCGAGGUUGCAACUCUACAGUUCAAGGCGAUUGUUCGGCUUCAGGCCGCUCGCCGCUGGGCUGUUACCGGAACCCCCGUACAAAAUCGCCUCGAGGACUUGGCUGCCCUUCUUCAGUUUAUCCGCCUGAAACCCUUCGAUGAUCGAAACAAGUUCAAUCGAUUCAUCGUGGAUCCGUUUAAAGCCUGCGACACAGAAAUCGUCCCCAAGCUUCGCGUUCUCGUGGACAGUGUUACUCUCCGACGUUUGAAGGACAAGAUCAAUCUUCCCCCGCGCAGCGAUCACCUUAUCAAGCUUGACUUCACUGCCGAGGAGCGUGAAGUUUACGAACUAUUUGAGAAGAAUGCCCAAGAUCGCGUCAAAGUCCUCGCCGGAAACGGUGUGCAGCGGGCGUUGGGAGGCCACACGUACAUCCACAUUCUCCGAUCCAUCUUGCGGCUUCGCCUUCUCUGUGCCCAUGGCAAGGACCUCUUGAACGAAGAAGACCUAGAGGCCUUGCAAGGCAUGACAGCUGACAUGGCUAUUGAUCUUGACAGCGACGAUGAGGACAAGAAACCCGGUUUAUCGGCCCGAAAGGCGUAUGAAAUGUUUGAGCUUAUGCGAGAGACGAACACCGAUACCUGCAGCGCCUGCUCCAAAAAGCUGGGAUCCAACGACGACGCCAACAUCGAGUCGGAGGGACAGGAAGAUAUCCUCGGUUACAUGACGCCCUGCUUCCAUAUCGUUUGCGGUUCUUGUAUCAAGGGUUUCAAAGAACAAACCAGACAGCUUCUCGCUCCAGGCGUGGCCGAAGGACCCUGCCCGAUCUGUUCCACCGUCAUCAGGCCCGCUUACGUUGACAUUCGUCGAUCACGCGUCAAGGUCGAGCACGAGGGCCCUGCUAAGGACAAGACCUUCACCAACGGCCGCAAGAGUUUCGGAAAGUACUCGGGUCCUCACACCAAGACGAGGGCGUUGGUUGAGGAUCUUCUUAAGUCGAAAGGUGACAGCGAUGCGAGUCCCCACGAGGCGCCGCACAAGUCCGUCGUGUUCUCAACAUGGACCUCGCAUCUUGACUUGAUUCAGAUGGCUCUCGACAACGUUGGCCUCAAGUACGUCAGGCUUGAUGGCAGCAUGACGCGUAUCGCCCGAACUCAGGCGAUGGACAGUUUUCGUGAGGAUGAUUCGGUUCAUGUCAUCUUGGUGUCGAUUACAGCUGGUGGUCUCGGCCUCAACUUGACUGCGGGCAGCAAUGUUUACGUCAUGGAGCCCCAAUACAACCCCGCAGCUGAGGCUCAAGCCAUUGACCGAGUUCACCGUCUGGGCCAGAAGCGUCCGGUGCGCACAGUCCGCUACAUCAUGCGAAACAGCUUCGAGGAGAAGAUGCUAGAGCUGCAGGAGAAGAAGAACAAACUGGCGAGUCUCAGCAUGGAUAGAAAGGAUAAGGUCUUCGAUAAGAGCGAGGCGGCUAGACAGAGACUUCAGGACCUCCGAAGCCUGUUCAAAUGAGUUUCGGAGGGACGAGAACCGGGUCGUCAGCAUUGCGCAAGCAUAGCAACAUGGCGUUUGGGAGUACAUGCUAACGAAGCACUUUCAGCGGGGCCCAAUGGGACUUCUUUCUUUUCUUUUCUUUCCUAUGUCACCGCCUGCGAUUGAGCCUCACUCGCUCGAACGAUUCAGGGGACAGCUGCAUUAUGGUGUACGAAGGG